AUGGCUGUUGAACUGGUUAUCAGAAGAACCCCCAGAGCCAAGGCAAAGACCCGCUCCCCCCGUGCUGGGCUCCAGUUCCCAGUCGGCCGUGUUCACAGGCUGCUGCGCAAAGGAAACUAUGCGGAGCGUGUCAGUGCCGGUGCCCCCGUCUACCUGGCGGCUGUGCUGGAGUAUCUGACCGCUGAGAUCCUGGAGUUGGCUGGAAACGCUGCCCGUGACAACAAGAAGACCCGUAUCAUCCCCCGUCACCAGCAGCUGGCUGUCAGCAAUGACGAGGAGCUCAACAAGCUGCUGGGCGGAGUCACCAUCAUGAAGUUAAGAAACAGCUCUAUUACUUUUAAUGGGUCUAUAUUACACAUUUAA